CUACACUUGUUUUGUUUAUUCAAUGUUCUUUUCUUUUUCAAGAGAUGUCCCACUUGCAUGGAACCACAGAAUCUAGCAGCUGUCUCAGGGUUCCUCCUCCUGGAUGGAGUUCCUCCAGAUGAUCCAGAACUGCAGCCCCUUCUCUUUGGGCUGUUUCUGUCCAUAUAUCUGGUCACUGUGCUCGGGAACCUGCUCAUCAUCCUGGCUGUCAGUUCUAACUACCACCUCCACGCCCCCAUGUACUUCUUCCUCUCCAACCUGUCCUUGGCUGAUAUUGGUUUCAGCACCACUACAAUCCCCAAGAUGCUGGAGAACAUUCAAACACAUGGCAAAUCUAUCACCUAUGCAGGCUGCCUAACUCAGAUGUCCUUUUUUUUCCUAUUUGGGUGUUUGGACAAUCUACUCCUGGCUGUGAUGGCCUAUGACCGGUUUGUGGCCAUUUGUCACCCCCUGAACUACCCAGUCAUCAUGAACCCAUGCCUCUGUGGCUUGUUGGUCCUGGUGUCAUUUUUUAGCAGCCUUUUGGAAUCUCAGAUUCACUGUUUGAUGGUGUCACAACUUACCUUCUGCACAAAUGUGGAAAUUCAUCAUUUCUUUUGUGAUGCACCUCAACUUCUCCACCUUGCCUGCUCUGAUACCUCCAUCAACACUAUGCUGAUGUAUUUUAUUGGUGCCAUUUUUGGUGGUGUUCCACUCUCAGGGAUCCUUUGCUCUUAUACCAGAAUUGUUUCCUCCAUUCUGAGAGUCCCAUCCACAGGUGGGAAGUACAAAGCCUUUUCUACUUGUGGCUCUCACCUGUUGGUUGUUUGCUUGUUUUACAGAACAGGUCUUGGAGUGUACCUCAGUUCCUCCAUCUCCCCCUCCCCCGGGAAGGGUGCAGUGGCCUCAGUGAUGUUGAAUCCCUUCAUCUACAGCCUGAGGAACAGGGACAUCAAGAGGGCACUGUGGGGGAUGAUCAGCAGAACAGCCUAA